AUGGAAAGCUCUGGAGCGCCAUUGGGCGGUCUUCAAAUCACUCAACAACUCUUGCAACAACUCGACCCGCAUCUCCAACAACAAGCAUUAGGUGCUCUCCUCGGCCUUUCACAGUCCGUUUUGGGUCCUUCACAUCAACAACAAACAACACAAGAACAACAUCAUCAUCAACAAACACAUCAAUCACAACAACAUCAUUCAGGCCAUCCAACCGCUCACCAACAAGCGACGAGUCAAGCGGCAGCGAUGCUUUCACAACAAUUGAUGCAACUACAUCCAGCAGCUUUAUCUGGCUUAAGCGCUGCGCAACUCGCCGCCAUGCAUCAACACACAGCCCUUCAAGCACAAGCACAGGCUCAGGCACAAGCACAGGCUCAAGCUCAAGCUCAAGCUCAGGCUCAAGCUCAAGCCGUGGCCGCUCAACAAGCAGUAGCUGCAGCCGCCGCCGCUGCCCACGCACAGCCUCAAAUGUCUCAAAUGUCUUUUGCGCAACACUUGGUCGCCGCACAACAACAGCCACACCAUGGGACAGUUGUUUCAGUGGCACCGUCGACCAGUCAGGCCACGGGUCUCCCAAUGUUCCUGGCGCCGGCACAGAGUCUUGCCGCCGCAGCAGCAGCUCAUUCAGCCUCGCAAACCCCAUCCCAGACACCGAAUCAAUCACAAACACCAUCCGGACAUCAUUCACAUAUGAUUCAUACACAGACCGGUGAUCACCCCUAUCUUCCCUGGCCAAUUCAACAGCCAGCCGUCAAUGUGCCAUUCUUCGAUAUGCACGCGUAUAAACAUGUGAAUCUCGACGUACCACCAUCCGAAAAUCCACAAGGACAAGAUUUACCACUCAACGAUGUCUCCACACUCAGAUUCUUCUUCAACUUGGGCGUACAACAAUCUCGCGUCGUUUUGUUGAAUCAACAUUUGAAUCAACAUCUUUCAUCAACAUCGCAAGGAUCGAAUUCUGCUACUUCAGCUCCUCCAGCUCCAAUGGUUGGUCCAGGUGGUAGCUCUCUCCCCAGUCAACCAACCGCUGUUCAACCACCGCCACAGUCUCAACCUCCGCAACCCAUCAAUCAUAUUGGGAUUCAGCUACCCCAAGUCUCGGCUGCUCAAAUCCCCGUCUCUGUCGGAGAUCAACUCGGAGCACUUGCCCAGCUUUUACCUCAAAAUCAUAUCCUACGCCAACAACAAAACAUCCUUGCUCAAGCUCAAGCUCAAGCCGCUCAUCAAUUGCAGUUGAACGCCGCUAGACAACCGCCCGUCCCACAAAUUGACCCAGUCACCUCACAUGCUUUAGUUCAACAGCAACAGUUAAAACAAUCGCAAGUUCAAUCGUCUAAUGUUCCUAAACCGGGCAGUCUAGAAGCUCUUUUACUUCAACAAGCUCUAGCUGCUGCUCAGAACACUCCUGGAAAUCGAAAUAUUACUGGAUUAGAUGCUUUUCGAAUGCAACAAAUGCUACAACAAGGAUCUGUGGCAACAUCUAUUCCAGCCCCAGCUCCAGCUCCUCUUGGCCUUCCACCUGGAUUUCGAUUGAAUCCUGAGACCCUCAAACAGCCCACUGAUGCGAUUUCCCCGCGUCCACCGGUUCCUGUUGAUCCAGCUCCUAGCCAAAUGAAUCUUCGGAUGCAACUACAGCUGCAACUACAGCAAGCUCAAGCUCAAGCUGUUGCUGCUCAAGCUGCUGCUCAAGCUGCUGCUAAUCAACAAGCACAAGAAAAUAUGAUGAGGAAAAUCUCGGCGGCAACGGUUUUAGCUGGGAUUCCGAUCAGCGCUGCUUCAGCCGCUGCGCUCAGUUUGAGUCAAAGGAGUACACCUGGACAGCAACUUAGUCGACCAGCUACAGCGAAUAGUGGAAGUGCUGGAGGAGAGGAGAUGAUCAAUGCCUCUCCAAAUCUUAUACAAGUCUCUGAAAAACAUUUUACUGACACUUUCAACAAAGGGAAUGCUGGGCAAAGGGAUUCGAAUAGCCCAGCCAUCGGCAUUCGUCGACCACAAUCAGACGCGAGAAUGGCAAGCGUCUCAUCUGCUUCAAAUUCAAACGGUUCACCGACAAAUGGUGGUGAAGAAAGGCAAAAAGCGAUUGAUGAAGAAGCGCCAGCUUUAGCUCCAAUCUUGAUGAUGUCCUAUUUGAAUACUUGUAUUGGAAAAGUAAAGAAUCAGUUGCAUUCGAAUGGAGUCGGAUUGUCGAUUGAUCCAAGUGGAAGACCGAUCGAUUUCGCCUCUCGACCGAUCGAUCCGAUCUUUCAAAAUGCUCGGAAACAGCUCGAGAAUCAAAUGGAGUACAAAGAUGUUCGACAAUCACCCGAGAAUUCAAAUUCUCUCAAUCCAUCAAUGGCCUCUAAUCUAGGCCUUUCAAUUGCCGGCUCAUCCCUCAACUCUCACUCUCCAUCACAAGCGAAUAAUAUCGCUUCAGCGAUCGCUGCCGUCACUGCAGCACCACUGGGAAUCAGUCGUGCUCCAGUCGAUGCCACUUUUGAUCCAAAGCUGAAAAUCGAGAACCGAAGCAGCCCGGGCGAGAUACCAAUUGAUGAUCGAAUCGACGCGAAAGACGAGAUCGAUUCGUGUGAUUCGAGCCCGCCCGAGAAGCGCCUUCGAAUCGCAACAGAAGAGGAG